GGAAAUCAAAUUGGAUUCAUCUCACCUUCUCCCUAGACUGUUGGUAACUUGGCGUGGCCUUGGAUUUUCCAUCGCAGCACAUCUUAAAUUGAAAUAGACUGUUGUAGUCUCCAUAAUUUUCAAACAUAUUCUAUGAAUCAGCAACCGAAUCCGACAUAGCCAGUUCUGGACAGGGAUUCUGGAUCAGAGAUCAUCAUCUACUGCAAGUUUUGUCAAUUCGGACCAACGUCACGAUUUCUACAAUUUGAAAACCCAAGGGUUAGACGAACUCCGAACCCUUUGGAACACUUGAAUUUAGGUUCAAUCUCUGCAAGAUUCAUCACAUUGUAUAUUGGUAUGAUGGAACAUGGUUAGGUUUACCUGUUGCUCUAAUACUAACAUACCUUUUCACCUAUACUAGAACAAAUUAUAUUAGCAACCCAGUACCAUUCGAUCUAGAAAUUUUAUAAUUUUUUUUUUGUUUUGUUUGUUUUCGUGAAUCAUCUGUAAUUUUGCUAUUCGCAUUAUUCUACAUUGUUAAAGAAAUAACAUUGACAAAUUCAAAAUGCCAAAUGAGUACAACAAUAUGUUUACGGUUGGAUUGUCUUGUUUCAUAAUUCUCAUUGUAUUAUGCCUAUCUAGCUGUGAAUCUGUAUAUAAAAUACAGGGGCGAAACGUAAUCUUGCACUUCCCAUACCCAUGUGACACCACAGACGUCACAUUACAGAAAUCAAAUAGACGCCCCUUUUAUAGGUCUACGCUUGGGCCAGACUUGUUUCUGUUGCAAUUAGAUCAGGUCGGAAGAUUCACAGUUUAUGAUGGAAAUAACUCUGAUUCUUGCUUUGUAAAUCUGAUGAUAAGUAAUCUAAUGAAAGAUGAUCAAGGCACGUACAUUUUGUUUGUAUACAAGGAUGGUGACAUACAAGGGGAUGAUACACAUAAGAUUUAUUUGAAGGUAGACCAUCCCCCUGGUAAGGCGUCAUGUGUCGUGGGUGAUGAAGUGGGCGGUGACUGGGUCUCACUAGACUGUCAAGCCAAUGCAGGGAGUCUACCAGGGAAAAUUGAGUGUUACCAAAACGGUGUGUGGAUGCCUUCAUUGGCCGGCCCUAAUGAAAACGAAUAUUUAUUAAAACAGACCAUUCUCAUCAGACAAUCUGGUCCAGUAUUUUGCUGCUCAUCUCUGAUUGAUGAAGUCAGAGAGAGGUGCGAAUGUAAAGACACUAGCCACUAUCUGUCCGAUGGCGACUACAUUGACCCGUGUCCUACUCCAAGUCCUACCUUACCUGAAAGUACAACAGUGUUGAGUCCCUCCACUUUCACUGAAAGCAAUCAAAGAGAUCAAUAUUCCUCUUUGACACCCAGUACUCCCAUACAGAUGAAAGAAACAAAAGGCAACCAAAGCAUUUCAGAUUUGGCCAUUGUUUUUCUUGUCCUCAUGGUCAUAUCAUUGGUAGUAGUGAUCGUACUGGUUGUCUACGUACUGAAAACAAAGAACAAGUGUGAUAAAAAUACCAACCAUCCACCAAAAACUGAUAAUGCUACGCCACUUCUUAAUUUGCACGCAAUAAAAAUCAAGCAUUAAACACAGAAAACCACUGUGAAGUUCAAUUCAUUUCACGACCAAAUGAGGAAUAUAGGACUAUAUAGAAAAUGCCCAGAAGGCUAUGU